CUGUGUUCCUAAAAGAACUUGAUUUUUCCCUGUAUAAGCUUUAUUUUCAUUUGGUUUGUCACUUCUAAAUUCUAUGAAUAUAUUAUUGUAAAAUAAGGGGGCAGCAAGUUUUUAUCGAUUUCCAAAUAUUCAGAAACUUUUGCUGUUAAAUGUGACAGGUCAGUCUGCAGGAUGGCGACUAUGGUGGAAGAACAGAAUUCGGUUGACAUGGGCGAAGAUAAAGAAUCACAAUUCGACCAAGUCGGUUACAAUUGGGUGGACAUUACCCAAGAAUUUUUCGAAGCAAUCACAGAACUGGAACUCGGAGAACUUCUACGUGAAAAAUUGUUUGAAUUAUUUGAAGCAAUGUCUGCAAUUGAAAUGAUGGAUCCAAAGAUGGAUGCUGGUAUGCAAUGUAAUCGGGGCAGCAACAAACCAUGUACUUUCACGCAAGCUGUUGAGUCUGGUGCAUUAAAAUUGGACAAUCUGACUCCAUCUGAAGUUAUAGGAAUAAUUGAUUCAACCUAUGCGUGUAUAGUGUCUUGGCUUGAAGGUCAUAGUUUGGCACAAACAGUUUUCACUAAUUUAUACCUUCACCAGCCCAGUCAAAUAGUGGAUAAACCUUUGCAAACUUUUUGUUAUGCCGUGUAUAAAAUAAUUGAGAUAAUUAAAGAUUGCAUAAACAAAGCAUUAGUAUUUGAGGAAGAAGACUUUCAAAGUGUUACUUAUGGGUAUAGAUUGCAAGAAGACAUUGCAGAACAAAGGACUAUAUCUAUGUUGCGCGAAGUAGAAGAGGAACUACAUAGAAAAAGUAGAAUAAAGCUAGUGAAUGCAGAAUCUGAGAAAGAAUACAAUGAUGGGCUAGCCCUAUAUGCAAGAAUUAGAUUUACCAAGUUGUUUUAUCAAAUAUUAUCAUUAAUGGGGAAAAAAGAACAGCUGCAACAGAAUUUAAACGAUUGUCAUAGAUUGUUAUACACGUGUUCAUGCAUGAUUCAAGUUAUGAUUAGGACAAUAGAUCGUGGAGAGAAGGCUGAUGAAAUUUCAAAUUAUCCAAAUAUUAUGGGAUUUGAUCCCAUGGUGAAUCAGAGAUUAUUACCACCAACAUUCCCUCGAUAUACGAAAAUAAAGCCACGAUUGGAGGCGCUAAAAUAUCUGGACGAAUUAUUGAAUAGAUUUAGAACGGUCACUAUGAUCACCAAUCAGAAUGGUCUUCAUGCAGCCUUGGACUUUUUUUUAGAAUUCUCACGACAAAGUCCGUGUAUAUUAUCUAGAUCAAUGCUACAAAUAGUUUAUUUACCUACGACAAAUCGAGUAUUUGGUGUGCAUAAUUUCGCGGAUGUUUUGAAAGACGCGGCGCGAAACUUUAUCGCACCACCGGUCUUAAUGCCAAAGAGCACGUUGCUUCAGAAUCAUCAGGCUAAGGAGUAUGUUGAUAGUUUUAUGUCUCAUUGUGUGAGCCUCUUUGGAAUGCUGUUGCAGCUGACUGGUCACAACAGAGCAAGGCAGAGGGAUAAACUAGCACAUUUAUUGGAAGAUUUCGCUGCGUUGCAAGACGAAGCUGAGAGAGUAGAUGGGUUCUUACAUACGUUGUCUUUAAAAAGUGUUACACCCAGGUCGCAUCUAGCUUGUUUUGGAACAUGGAUCUUGUAUCAUACGCUACGAGUAAUGGUCAUGUACUUGUUAAGCGGGUUCGAGUUGGAAUUGUAUUCAGUACAUGAAUAUCAUUACAUAUACUGGUACCUUUAUGAAUUUCUUUACGGAUGGCUUGUAUCGGCUAUUACAAGAGCCGAUACCUUUUUAAUGGAACAGGAUGUACAUAACAAUUCGAAUAAAGGCAGAGGUGCCAAGAAGAGUGCUAAAAAUAAGAAAAAGAGAAAAAAAUCAACGCCGAGACCGUACGACUUAGAAAUAUUGAUGUAUCAAGCUAUGCAAAAUAUAUGUGGUGGCUAUUAUAAAGCUUUAGUUGGUUUCCGUAUGGAUGGAAGAAUACCACUUCCUGAAAUGCAAUUUGAUUCGGAACGUGUCCGAUACGAACACAGGUUAUUGCCGUUUUCUUCGCUACUGACGCCGCCACCAGUUCAUUACCAGGAAUUCUUAGAUAUGACUAAUGCACAGAUGCAUAAAAGAAAUGAGGAGGUUACUAGUGAAAUGCAGUACUUAGCCGGCUGUCGACAUUUUCAUCAAGCGAGAAAUAUGUUGGAACGAGCUUUAUCUCUUAAUCCACCGAACGCCAGUACUAUUAUAAAUGAGAUCAAUGACUUAUUGAAAGUAUCGAAAACAAAUUUCGUGGUUCUAAAGUUACUCGCCGACGGUCAUCAAAAGAAUUCGAAAGAACCACCAGUAUUCGACUUCUCCUGCCACCAACACUUCCCGCUGAUCAAACUUACAAAAAUGAAAUCUUUGUAAUGGCCCCCGUCUCGAGCUACAACUGGACAUAUAUUAUUUAUUUUAGCUUUAACCGUGGAAAAAAAUAUUUUUGUGUUGUUAACA